GUCGUCAGUUCGUCGGUCUCUCAAUGUUCGUUUGGAUUUGUUCCGUGUUUGAAUCGAUUUACGUGGUUUCGUCGCUUAUUGCCCGUUCUGUGUGAACAACGAGAACUGAAUAAUAGAUUUUCCACGGUGUAUGCCUAAUAGUCGUUACUGGCACUGUUGUAUACCCUUGAUAAACGACAUUCGGUCAGGAAAAAUUUCGGAACAUGGCUGCUGCCGCUGCUGCUGCUCUACUCGACGAGCUUAUGGGAAGAAACCGAAACGUUCUUCCCAAUGAAAAACCUAAAGAACUGAAUUGGGAAGAUCCGGAGUUUUGCAAAUUGUAUUUAGUGAAAUUUUGCCCCCACGAUCUGUUUGUUAAUACAAGAGCUGACUUGGGUGCGUGUUCCCGGGUACACGACGAUGAGGCCAGAGAAUUGUUUGAGAAAGCACCAUACUCGUACAGAAAGCAACAAUACGAGGACGAAUUUAUUAGAUUUUGUCAGAGCAUGCUGAACGAGGUUGAGAGAAAAAUCAUAAAGGGAAAGCAACGGUUGGCUCUUAUUGGAAGAACAGAAGCGCCUACUUUGACACCAGCGCAAACUCAAAGAAAUGAAGAACAGAUUGCUCUGUUAACUGAGAAAAUUAAUAAACUGGUAGAAGAGGCAGAACAAAGUGGUAUACAAGGCAAUGUGGAACAAGCACAAGGCCUAAUGAGAUUAUGUGACCAAUUAAAGGAGGAACGAGAAACACUCCGUAAAUCUAAUGACAAUAGUCACUAUAAUCAAACUGCUGAAUUGGCUGCUGCGCAAGAAAAACAAAUGGAGGUAUGCGAUGUAUGUGGUGCAUUUCUUAUUGUUGGUGAUGCUCAGCAACGAAUUGAUGAUCAUUUAAUGGGUAAACAACACGUUGGAUAUGCCAGGUUAAAAAGUGCCCUUCAGGAAAUUAUGAGUAAACGCGAGAAAGCAAGAGAUGAAAAAGAACAAAGAAGAGAGGAAGAUAGAAAACAAAGAGCACGUGCUAAUGAAGAUCUUGAUAGACGAAGACGAGACGGAGACAGAGACAGGGAGUUUGUUAAAUACAAGCAUAAAAUCAAUAAUUAUUUAUUGGUAACUGCAUUUAGAAAUUCUGGACAUAGAAGUAGAAGCAGAUCAAGAGAUAAACACGAUAGACAUCGAGAUGAUGAUAAUCACCGACGUCAUCGAGAUAAAGGAAACCGUGAUCAUCGAAGUUCGAGUCAUCACAAUCGUCGCCGCCAUCGAUCUAGAAGUCGAAGUCACAAGUAACUACUCUUGUUUGGUUAGUGAGUGAGAAGUAAGCCAGACGAAAGAAGACAUACCAUGGGGAUGUAACCAAUACAACAGGCUCACUUGCACACUGCUUAAUGUAAUAUUAAGGUAAAGAUUUUGCAUAAUCUACAAAUUCAAACCGAAUCGUGAUUUUUAUACAAUUGCGCCUGAGUUACUUUCCAUCACAUCGCGCUGUUUUUAAAUUAAUUACGGAAAAUAAAUUCCAUGAAGUUCGUUUCUUAAUUACCGUUGUAAACGACGUGUUACACACAUCGGAAGUAUGUUUAAAGCAGAUUUAUUAGCAGUUUAUUCAUAUUUGAUGCAAAUGUUACUUUUAGGCUAUCUGUAUAUACAUAUUAAAACAAAGACAUCAAGGUAAAUUGUCUAUAAUUUGCAUUGUAAUACUCGUGAGAU